GUUCUGUUUUAUUUCUCAUUCUGUGCAGCAAUGAAAAUACCUUUAUCCUGGAAAAGACAGAAACAUUAGCAAAAAGAGUAUCAGAAAUGAUUGGGACAUUUGACGUUUCAGAGAACAUAAGUGAUAGUAUUCAAACACUGCAAUCGAAAGGAUUCGUAUCCAUUGAGAAAGAAAAUGUGACAUUUGCUUCAGAUGUAGUCCACGACGAAACAAUGUUUGAUUACGUGCACACAUGUUGGAAGAGGAGCAAAGUUUAUGGUCAAGAAGAAUCCACAAUUAAAAACAAGUUUGGGGAUAUCAAUUGGGAAAUUGUCAGUCAACAUAGUCGCUUUAUAAAGAGACAGUUACUGAAUGUGUCGCUAGAGAGUUCAUUGAAAUAUUUUAGAUCGCAAAAUUACCACAAAGGUAAAUUUGUUCGCUGUUUAGGAGAUUCCAUAGGAAAAUCUGGUAUAUACAAUCAGUUUCCAGGAAAAGAGACGCCUUAUCAACAGAUACUAACCAGAAUUAUAUCUGAGAUUGGGAAAGAUAUACUUCUCCAUAAUAUCGUGGAUGAUAAAUCAUUUCAUUCUAUUUUUUCAAGCCAGUUGAAAAUCCCUGAAGAGGUGUUACAAUGGGAUUUAGAUGCCCGAAUUCGGUACUUAGAGUACUUGAGAAAGGGAAAAACACUCAUAUAUAGAGCACGGGCAAUGAUAGUUGGUUGUGCGGGAGCUGGAAAAACAACUUUAUUAGAAAGACUGCAAGGAACAUCACUGGAAGAUAUACAGAAAAUCAAGUCUACUGUGGGACUAGAUGUGCACAAUGAUAUUUUUGUAGUACUGGAAAAAGAAGGAAAACUGGAAGUUGCUAUGCGUAAAUGCGAUCCUGCAAUCCAUAUAAAAGAAAAUGUUCCAGUUGACGAUGCAGAAAAGAUAGAGGAGAAAAGACUUCUAAGCAUCCUGGAUUUCGGAGGACAGUGUAUGUAUUACGCCUGUCAUCAAAUCUACCUCAGCAAACGAGCGUUCUAAAUUUUGGUAAUUGACAUGUCUAAAGACCUGGAAGAUGUCAUAGAUGAAGAGCUUUGCGAUCAAAAGGAUACUAUGUUCUCAAAA